AUGCACGUGAGAUGCACCAGCUUCCAGCGCGAUAUGGCCGUUCAUCUAUCGAUACUGUCCAGUGGACAAAGGCCACAAGCAGUAACGUGCAGCGAUUCGAAGUGCUCGUUACUGCACUGUCCCUUAUGUCCACGUUACACAGGUGAUUAUCCUCGAGUGGAGGCUCAUAUACAAAGCCAUCUGAAGACAGCGGUACAUCACGGAGAGUAUGUGAUGUUCACUUGUAACUUGGACUGCAGAAGUGACAGUCACUACCACUGUUGUGAGUGUGGAAGGAUUUAUCCAAGGAGGAAGGCUAUAAUCAAGCAUCUAGGCACCUGCCAGAGCCGGCCGCUGCCCCAGAGUCAGCCUCUUCUUGCCUCCCUGCCGCUGCCCAGAGCUAGCAGUUCUUCUAAUGAAGAGGUUUGCCCUGAAUGCCCGGGCAAUAUUCCUCUUGGUGAGCCCAUAAUCAUAACGCAAGCUGCAAAGAUAAUAACGGUCAAGGGAGUCAUAGAAGGUGUGGCAACUUACUGUAAAAAAUGCAGUUCAUGUGGUCUGAUUAUUCGAUACCAAGAAUGGGAAGACGGUGUGCACAAUUUUAAUGACAGAAUAAUUUUGACCCUCCAUUUUUGCAUAUACCUUCGAAAUUGCCUCCAGACACAUACAGCUUUAGGUCGCGCAAUCGAAACAUUGGAGCUGACCUCACAACAGAAGUUCCCUAAUAAAAACACUGUGAUACAUGCAUAUCUCCACUUUGAGGCCCUGUCAGACCAUCAAUAUGAUUUCUGCUGUGUUCGUUGUGGUUAUUACCCACCGGUUGUGGUGAUGGAUCUGCAUAAGAGUUGUGUUUUUAGCUUGGCAGUCAGUGAACUCGAGGACCCACCAAUUGACUAUAACGGAGAGGUGGACAUUGACGAGUUCUGGACCGCCUUAUCUUUAGAGAGAAUAGCGCGUGGUUUUGUCACAAGUGACAGGCAAAAUCCAUUUGCAGUUGCACCCACAUACCACCGCUGGGCACCGUGGAUUGGACGUCAUACAAGAAAGUCAAACAUGGUCCAUGCCAUCCGCAAACUUUGCAAAGAGUGCAAAAUAGACUCUAAAGGUUCCAAAAUGGAACUGAUAAUGCGUUUGCGUCACGAAAUGGCUACACGAAGUAAAUACGACAAAAUCUUUCAGAAGGUUUGGGGUGCAUCGGGCGGCUGGGCUGUUAUUAUGUGCCCCUGUGGACAAGCAGAGUUUUUUCUCUCCUCUUCAACAACACCGAGUGGGACUGCUCAGGCCAAUGCAUCUCCACCCACAAAACGAUCGCGGCUAGAAUUGGUCUCAGCAACUGAGGCCAUGCCAUGUUGGAGAAAAACACUUCAUGCGAGUGUCUCUGGAUUAUUGGACUAUGUAUUGGACACAAAAGGCAACCCAUAUGAGGCUUUUGUUCUUGCCAACCACGUGGUCCUCCAAAGAUCUGAUUUUUGGAGCCUGGGCCUACAGAGGAACGUUGAGGCAUCGAUAGCAAAUUGCUGUUUCAAAAUAAUCACAAACAUUGCAAGUGAUCAUGGCAUUGCAACCAUGGCUGUCGAUGCUUAUGUUGUGGUAACCUGGCUUCCACCCUAUUCUGACAAACCCCAGGAUUACAUGAUCAGUGAUUUUUUGAACAAGGAUGUUGUGCUGCUUCCUGCCUGGCAGCCUGAACACUGGACCCUAUGUGUUCUCAAACCAAAACAAAGGUCCUUGCACUUUUAUGACUCCAGUAACCCUACGGGCUUUGGAGAUGGCCGCUACUUAGAAGUCUUCAGAGAGGAGUGGACUGGCUACUUGUUGGCAGACUGUGAGGGGGCCUCAUAUCAGCACUUAAGCAACAACUGCGGCGUUUUCAUGUUGAUGUAUGCUUUGUAUGCUGUCCUUGAAAAGAUCCAUGACUUUGGUGAGGAUGACAUGAUGACAAUCAGAAGGUGGUGGUGUGGGCAGCUGCUGCAGAACAUCCCUGACAGCAACUCUGGCGGACCAGUGGUACCACCAGCUGUGCUCAAGGAGCGGGAGGAGAGCCGGGAGGAGAGCCGGGAGGAGAGCCGGGAGGAGCCACAUCUCCCUCCCGAAAUAUGGGACAUUAUUAUUAGAAUGACCCUGGAAACAAACAUGGCAAUGUUGGAGUCUAUAAACAGGGUGUCUAAAAUGUUUCGAUCCAUGGCUCAGCAAUACACUCCUAGGAAGUGUGCUGACUGA